AUGUGCAAUGGUCCAGGGAAAAGGGACAAAGUCCAACACUCACUGCGCUCACUCGCUCCUCUCGUAUUUGUUUUCAGCACACUCACUCUCACUCCACUCCACGCCACCAGGGAAACAGAUCGGGGUCACGGACGAGUCCGAGAACCUGAGCACAAGAGAACUGCGGACAUCCAUGCUGUGCUCAGAGAGCUGACCGCAUCAGUGGCUGAACAGAAAGUGAGGAUCACAUUUCUGGAAAAUGAGAAUCAAGAUCAGGCAGCAAAGCUGGAGAGACAGAACACUGAGACUGACCAACUGAAGCUGCAGUCCAAAGAACAAGCAGCAAAGCUGGAGACUGAGAUUAACCAGCUGCAGCUGCAGUCAGAAGAACAAGCAAGAAAGCUGGAUACUGAGAUUGACCAGCUGAAGCUGCAGUCAGAAGAACAAGUAGCAAAACUGGAGAGUCAGAAAGCUGAGAUUGACCAGUUGAAGCACGAACUACAAGCCCAAAAGGUGGCUUUCUCAGCCUCUCUGGUGGAGCAAGGUGGUGGACCUUAUACUGGACCAUUUAACACAGAGACUACUCUGAUCUUCAAACGCGUUGUCACAAACAUUGGAAAUGCCUACAACCCAUCCACAGGUAUUUUCACUGCACCAGUGAGAGGAGUCUACAACUUUGAGUUGACCCUGCAUGGACACGGAGACAAUGCAUAUCCUACAUCUGCUAGGUUGUUCAUGAAUAAAGAGCUCAUUUUUACGGCAUGGGAACAUCAGGCAACACAUUCUCCAAGUGCCUCUAAUGGUGGCUCACUGCUUCUAGAUGCUCAAGAUCAGGUGUAUGUGCGCCUCUGGCCUGGUGCAAGGAUAUUUGAUGAUUACAAUCAUCAUACCACCUUCAGAGGUCAUCUGCUUUUCACCAUGUGAAAGGUGUACCAGCUGCAAACUUCCUGUUUGGGUUGUCUUGUAGCUUUUUCUUUAUUCUUUUCAGAAGUAAAACAGGAAGUAAAUCACCUGCUGGGACCAGUGAAACUGUUUUCUUAUUUUUCAUCUGUCUGUAAAUCCAAAAUCCAGAUACACUAAACAAUAAUGUCAUUUGGAUCUCUCUCUCGCUUCUGAUUUCAAAAUUCAAUUUGAUUCCAUUUUGUCAGUUCAUUAUAAUAAUAUAUCAUAAUAAAUAGAUGAUUAAAGCA